UGGAGUAGGAAAUGGUUUACAAUUGAAUUUGUUGUGCCAUAAAUAUUUUCAUUUAUUGACUUAUCAAGUUAAGAUGUUGAAUUCAAUUGCGUAAACUGAAAAUUUUGCAAUAUGCCGAUAGACAUCAAUGAUUUGUCAGAAGGCUGGCUUGAACUUGAAAGUGAUCCAGGAAUUUUCACCUUGUUACUGGAAGAUCUGGGUGCAUGUGGAGUCCAAGUAGAAGAAGUAUAUGAUUUGCAGAAACCCCUUGAUGGGGAUGCCCCUGUUUAUGGCUACAUUUUUUUGUUUCGAUGGAGAGAACGAUCCAGAAGAAAAACCAUUUUGGAUGCCGAGCAGUUUAUCAAAGAUGAAGCAGCCAUUAAUAAUAUGUUUUUUGCCCAUCAGGUGGUACCAAAUAGCUGUGCUACACAUGCACUGCUCUCCAUCCUUUUGAAUUGCCCACAGGUUACUCUAGGCCCCACACUAUCUAGAUUGAAGCUAGAUACUUCUGGUAUGAGUCCUGAUAAUAAGGGCUUAGCCAUUGGAAACACACCUGAGCUGGCAUUGGCACACAAUUCGCAUGCGGCUCCGGCGGUUGCUUGCGACAGAAACGAGCGUAAUGCCAACGUCCCUUCGUCAGGUCGAUUUAGUGCCGAAGCGUUUCACUUCGUCAGCUAUGUACCCGUCGACGGCCAACUAUUUGAGCUAGAUGGCUUAAAGCCUUUUCCAAUUGAUCAUGGACCCUGGGCUGCAAACGAAGACUGGACAGAGCUAUUUAGGCGUGUAAUACAAGAACGAAUCGGGUCAGCAACCGCUGGAGGUGAGCCCUAUCAUGAUAUCCGGUUCAGCCUUAUGGCUGUCGUUCCGGAUAAACGAUUGGCGGUCCGCCAGAGAUUAAAUCUGUUAAAAACAAACAGGAAAAUUGUUUUAGAUGCCUUACGACAAUUGACAUUGCUCUCCGGUGGUCCCAGAGAAACUGGGAGAGAAACGCCAAGUGAUAAGGCCUCCGGCGAAGAAUACAGAAAUACUGAAAUGGAAGCCGAGAAUCCUUCGUUCGAAAUGCUGGCAAUCCAAACAUCUCCGAAUUUAAUUAGCAAUUACAGUACAGACACCGCAUCAGAAUCAGGAUCAGCUUUUAACUCUCCUAAUCUGAUUCAGCCACAACCAACGAGCACCGAUCUAGCAAACAGUAAUUUUGUCAAGGAUUUCAGUCGGCUUGUCGUCGUUAAAAUGAGCGCCCAAACAGCUGAUUUGGUGGGAGACGCGGUCGCCAGCAAAACCGAAAAUCUUUUAUUGAGAGCUAAUGACGAUUCUCAACCAUUAUCAGACCGUAUCAGCAGCUCUAGAAGUGGAAUGAUAGAGAUGGAUACAAAUAUUACUGCAGAACGGAAAAACCAACAACAGCGUUUUGGACCUUGUGAUUUAAUGGCUCUUCUCAAAAGUUUGGAAAAAGAAAUUGAUACGUAUGAAGUUCUUCUUGCUGAAGAGAUAGAAAAACGAAAAAAAUACCGGGUUGAUGAUUGUCGCCGCACCCAUAAUUAUGACGAAUUUAUUUGCACGUUUCUUUCCAUGUUAGCAGAGAGAGGAACGUUGGCUUCACUUGUCGAGCAGCAUACAACCAGAAGAAAGCGAUCGCACAGGAGUAGUCCUGGUACAGAAUCACCUAAUGGGCGCCAUAAGAAAGGCCGUUCUCGAUACAAACGCCGCCGAUAGACUGCUGUGUUGCAAGACCAUCGACCCCCUUCCUUAAACAUAGGGAAUCAUUCGUCCUCGACAUUGUACAUUCUUUUUCAAUGCAUCUGCGUUGGAUGUUAUCCUUAAUAUUGGUCUCAACUGCCAGUCUGACUGAUGUCGGUCGCCGAGACCGAUGAUGCUUGCUCGCUAAGCCCAUAUACUACAAUUUAUGAACUGCCGUUUGUUUACUCGAUUCGCUGCGUAAAAAUAAAUCAAACUUCGUAAUAA